AUGGAAAAUAUGCUCAAUAAGGAUAAACUUGUUACUAAUAUUGAUUCUACUACAAAUAUUGAUUCUAUUGCAAACAUUUCUACUGAUGAUGAUUUUGAUGAUGCUGGUUUAAACGAUGAUAACAAUGAGGAGGAAAGAAACAAUAUUGAUGAUGGUUUUGUUGAGGUAAAUUUGAAUGUCCCAUGUCCUGAAAAUAGAACUUUUGAUGAUUACUUUGGCGAUGCAGACAUAUGUAAUAUUCCUGAUGCUAGUUAUGCACCUCACACUCUUGAAGAUAACCAUUUACCACUUCCUCGUGUAUCCCCUAGUGAUCAUUGCAAUGAAAGAAGUCAUGUUAGUAGUACACCAAGCUCAAAUGCAACAAGUAUUGAUGAAGAUGUUUUUUGUGUUGGUCAAUAUUUUGUGGAUAAGAAAGAGUUGAAGAUGAAAGUACACAUGCUUGCUAUACGACGAAACUUUGAAUUCAAAGUGAAAAAAUCAAAUAAGAAAUUACUGGUUUUGGUUUGUGUUGACCCCAAUUGUAAGUGGAGAAUUCGUGCGACAAAGGCAUAUGCAACAGAAAUGCGACAAAAUCAUCAUCAGCAAGCAACUUGUUCUAUUAUUGGAGAGCACUUGAAAGUGAGAUAUGAAGGUGUGAAAAAAGGUCCAAAUCCAGCACAAAUAGUUAAUGAGAUGAACAAGAAUCUUGGUGUAAAGUGUAGUUAUUGGAAGGCAUGGAAGGCAAGAAAGUGCGCACAUGAACUUAUAAGGGGUUCAGCGAUAAACAGUUAUCCAAAACUCCCCUCUUACUUGUACAUGGUCCAAAAGUCUAAUCCUGGUACGUACACUAGAUUAAUUAUUGAUGAAGAACGGAAAUUCAAAUAUUUAUUUUUGUCUUUGGGAGUAUCCAUUAGAGGUUUUCGUUACAUGAGAAAAGUUAUAUCUAUUGAUGGAACUCAUUUGAAAAACCAAUUUGGAGGAAAUUUACUCAUUGCAACUGCACAAGAUGAAAAUUUUCAAAUUUAUCCUCUUUCUUUUGGUAUUGUUGAUUCUGAGAAUGAUGCACUUGGAAUUGGUUUUUGA